AUGCUCAUAAGCUCGACUAACAGCAUCCUCACCGACCCAAAGUUUGUCACGAGCGUUGCUGCGAUAUCUUCAGGUUGCCGGGGGCCCGACUGCAAAUCUUUGUUCCUGCCUGGAGGCUUGGAACUGGUCCUCAGGGCGGACGGGACGCCUCUGUUUGACGGCAAAGAACCGGAUGACCCUGUCAUCAUUGUCCACGAUGCUCCAGGUUACCAGAUAGAGUUCUCGUCGCAGGGCUUUACGUUCAAUACCGCUGUCGACUGUCAAGUCUAUGGCCUGCCCAUCUCUGCCCUUUAUGCCUGUGUGGCAGGUCGUAACAACACAAUAUUUAGCGGGUUCGCAAUCUAUUCCUUCGACUUGAUGAGUAGCGGCGCUUGUCAAUCGGACGUGUCAUGGACAAAGGAUCUCCAAGCGUCUGUCGCCGUGAACAUCUAUCAGCGAACGUCGACCGUCGCAUACGACCGGUUUAACUUUUCGAUUCUGAGUGUCGAAUCCUUGGGGCCUGCGAAGGUGGCCAGUGACGAAGACUCGGUUGCCGACUUACAAAAGCUUUUCUCCAUCAUGUACCCUCAGUUGACGACCAUCCUCGAGGACAUUGAGACGUCAAUUGUCAAGUUUGACUCGUCCCAGGCGUGGACGGACCUCGCCUAUUUGGCCUCUGUGUACUGCCUCCAGGCCGAGAUCACCGCGGCCGAGCUGUUCCUCAAUCACGGCUACCCCAGCUGGAUCAACGGCCAAAGGGACAUCUUGGAAGGAUUCCUGGCCAUCCCGGUCCAGUUCGGGACUCUUCUGCUGCAGGAGAUCGACAAGUCUGUUCUCCUUACAGGCGGCUUGACCACGACGGCAUCAUUCGCCCGAGUCUCUUUCCGCGUGAGAUCGGAACCCUGGACCCUCAUCAUGUUUACGUCCGUCGUAUCCGGCCUGGUUAUAUGUGCCGUCUUGCCCCUGGUGUACGCUCACUGGGCGGCGGCACGGCGCAAUGCUGAACCCGAGCCCUCCCCAACGCUUCGCGCCGCCUUUGCAAACGGGAACCCGUUCGACACGUCGCCCCCAGACACGUGGCGGUCCCUGACCAGCUGCCUGUUCGGCUGCUGCCAUCGCAAUCGCGGAAAAUACUCCACCGCCCUUCAAAGCCCGACGCUGGGCGGCGGCGGGAUUAGCACUCACGUGGUUGCGCGGAGAGUCACCGACAAGGUCCUAAUCGCCGUCGACAGAGACCAACAUAAGCUGGAUCACAGUAGUGAAGGUUUUGUGCCGGGCUGGGAGAAAGGCGGCAUUGGUUCCUGGCCUGUUGGGUCGCCGCCUUGA